AUGCAACGUAUCCGUCAAGUUAAGGAAAUACUAUCAAGAUCACAGGUAGCCAAAUUCUCUAGCUUCGUUAAAGGGAGUAAAUAUAGUCCUACAUUUAAACAGUAUUUAAAGUUGCCUAACGGUCAAGUUGGUUCAUACUUCCAUGAUGUGCCUUUAGAUCUCGACCCCCAGGCUGCUACUGCUAAUAUGAUAACAGAGAUUCCUCGCUGGAGUCAAGCCAAAUUCGAAAUCAACAAAGAAGAAAAUUGGAAUCCCAUUAUGCAAGAUUGUAGUAAAACUGGUACCCCUAGAUUCGUGAAAAAUUUGUUCCCAUUCCAUGGUUAUAUCCAUAACUAUGGUGCUUUACCGCGCACAUGGGAAGAUCCAAUCCAUCAAUAUCCAGGAACAUCUUUUAAGGGUGAUAACGACCCUUUGGAUUGUUGUGAGAUUGGUUCACAGGUGAUUCCAAUGGGAUCAAUUAGAAAAGUGAAGUUGUUAGGAUCGUUAGCUUUAAUUGAUGACAAUGAAUUGGAUUGGAAGAUUAUUGUAAUUGAUUGUCAAGAUCCAUUAGCUUUAAAAGUCAAUAAUUUAGAUGACGUGGAAACAUAUUUUCCUCAAUUACUACAUAACAGUAGAGAAUGGUUCAGAAAUUACAAGAUUCCUGAUGGAAAACCAGCAAAUAAGUUUGCAUUUGAUGAAAAAUAUAUGGGGGUAGAGGAAACAUUAAAAGUAAUUAAACAAUGUCAUGAAUCAUGGAAAAAAUUAAUGGAGUCUAGAGAUAUCAAUAAUAAUAAUUUGCCUAAUAGAAUUAGUAAUUUUAGAAAUUCAGUAGUCUCUGAUAAUAUGAUUUGCGAAUCAGAACUUCAAUCCGAUAGCAAAAUACCGGAAUCGGUUAGUAAAUGGUAUUAUGUCUGA